AUGAUGAAAGGCGGUAUGAAUGCACCGCCGUCGCAUCAUAACCAAUACCACUACCACCCGCAAUACCAAGGUAGUGCUUCGCUGAGCCACCCGGUAGGUUACGCUGCGGCCACGCAGCGUCCCCAGCAACGUUUCGGUGCAGAGGGCGCGCGGCGGACUGGUUCUAUGGCGGGAGGUGCCCAAUCUGAAAAGACCGCCAAAGAUUAUAAAACAUGUCCCUUCGUUUCAACUGUGCAUUCACAUCCUGGAUUUCAGCCACAGACGAUCGGCAAAGGUGCUGGGGUGGGUGCUCGUCUGAUGAAACCACCAAACCCACCAGAAAAGCCUUUAAUGCCCUACAUGAGAUACUGCCGUCGUGUCUGGAACUCGGUAAAGGCCGCACAUCCAGAUCUAAAGCUAUGA